AUAUGUUGGAGAAACCUUGGUAAUCAGAGAAAAGCUAUCAGUUAUCACGAACAGUCACUGAAGAUGAAGAAAGCUAUCUAUGGUGAAACAACGCCACAUCCCGACAUUGCGUCAUCACUAAACAACAUUGGAAAUAGUUGGAGUGGCCUUGGUGAUAAGAGAAAAGCUAUCACGUACUACGAACAGUCACUGAAGAUGAUGAAAGCUAUCUAUGGCGAAAGGAAAGCUAUCACUUAUUACGAACAGUCACUUAAGAUGAAGAAAGCUAUCUAUGGCGAAACAACAGAACAUCCUGACAUUGCGUCAUCACUAAACAACAUUGGUAACUGUUGGAGGGGCCUUGGUGAUCAUAGGAAAGCGAUCACUUAUUACGAACAGUCACUUAAGAUGAAGAAAGCUAUCUAUGGCAACACAACGCCACAUCCCGGCAUUGCAUCAUCACUAAACAACAUUGGGACAUGUUGGAGUCACCUUGGUGAUCAAAGGAAAGCUAUCACUUAUUACGAACAGUCACUGAAGAUGGAGAAAGCUAUCUAUGGCGAAACAACGCCACAUCCUGACAUUGCGUCAUCACUAUGCAACAUUGGAAACUGUUGGAAUCAGCUUGGCGAUCAGAGGAAAGCUAUCAGUUAUUACGAACAGUCACUGAAGAUGAGGAAGGCUAUCUAU